GACAGCUGUCAAAAAGCAGCUGAUGUAUUUGUGAUCGUGAACUUCGUAAAAUUUGGUUUUGUAACAAAAUAUUGAAUAAAAAUCAAUGUUUGGAUAAUGUACACAAUGAAUAAACUACUAAGUCUGUUUGCCUCAAAGCGAAUAUUCGAAUGCCGGACCGCGACAACACGGCUUUCAGCUGAUGGGAAGGAAAUUCCGAAAGUGAAAAACAUUGCGCCACGAAUUACCCUGAUAAGUCCCGAUAAUUCAGUAAGCAUAACAGAUUUGAAGAAUGCACAAACCCUGUCUACACGCCGAGACUUGAAGCUAGUCAAGAUACAGGAUGUGGAUGCUAAAACUAGAAGGCCGGUUUACAAAAUGAUGUCCAGUGCAGAUUACCACAAUGAAGAACUUCAGAAACGGAAAGAGAAACAAGAGAGUCGACAACAAGCCACCAACAAAGGGGAGAAGCUGCUGACUCUCUCCACGAGGAUCGGGGAGCAUGACCUCAUGACCAGCGUAAAGAAAAUGCUUAAACUGCUCGAGAAGCAAUAUGAAGUUCGAGUUGUCAUCACUGGUGAAGGACAGGAGUCUGCAGCCUCGGAAAAGGUGUACUCCCUCAUUGAAAAAAAUGUGAAGGACUCUGGCAAAAUUGUUCAAAAGAGGACAAAAGGAAACACACUACGUUUUCAAUUGCUGCCCUCUAAAGUAAUGAGUACUCAGGCCUCAGAUAAUGGCAUAAAUGGUCCUAUUGAUGGAAAUAAAAAGAAUAAUGGGCCACUGUGACUAGCCGCCCUGGUGGUAACUAUUCUUGUAGGUAAAUAUGCUUGGUAUGCACAAUACUACUUACGAACAAAUACUGAUACAAGACAGAAUAGCACCCCAAACAAUUACAACCAGAUGAGCACAGGAGAUAGCAUUUCAUGAAGAUUUUUAAGUA